AUGGGUCGACCAGCGCGGAGGCUGGUCCCCGGAGGACCCGGCGAUAGGUGGCGCUGUGACUCCGCGCCCGUCACGGACGCUCUGGCCGGAACCCGCCUCAGUCACCCCGCCUUUUCCGCCGGGCUGGCGAAUCACGUGGGAGCCGGGGAGCCGGGAUCACCGAGACGAGCGGCCUUCCGGAAACCUAGAGCGGCGUUGGCAAUGCUCUCGCUUGCGGCUGGGCUUUUAAUCGCCCGCUUCUUGGGGUUCCAAGUGGAAGGUCCUGGGCUGCAGCGGCCCCGUAUCCCCGGCCCCGGGGCCUCGCAGAAACCCCCCAAGGUGGCCGCGCGGUUUCCCCGGGCCCAGCUCCUUCCCACGGAGACAAUUCUGUUGUUUCAGGAGUUGGUGACCUUUGAGGAUGUGGCCGUGUACUUCACCCCGCGUCAGUGGUCCAGCUUGGACACUGCACAGAGGACCCUGUACCGGGAGGUGAUGCUGGAGAAUUAUGCAAACCUGACUUCCCUGGUAGCGUUUCCGGUGGUCAAACCUGCUCUCAUCUCCCUGCUGGAGCGAGGGGAUGCACCAUGGGGCCCCGAUCCCUGGGAAGCAGAGGCUUGGAAAGGCUCCUGUCCAGGUGGUGAGUCUUGGAUCAAGAACGAAGAGCCAACAUUCAAGCAGGAAAUCUCUGAAGAAACAGAGCUUCCAAUGGUGCCUGUGGAGGGACUUGUCCGCAGCGAGUCUGCACACUGCGAUUUGAAAAGCGAGACAGUGAAGCAGAUCUUCAGCCCCAAUCCGAACCUCAUCCUUCGAGGCGGAAUGAAGUUCUACGAGUGCAAAGAAUGUGGGAAAAUCUUCAGAUACAACUCGAAGCUUGUCCGCCACCAGAUGAGUCACAGCAGAGAAAAGCCCUUUAAGUGUAAGGAGUGUGGCAAAGCUUUCAAGUCCAGCUACGACUGCAUCGUGCAUGAGAAGAAUCACAUUGGCAAAGGGCCUUACGAGUGCAAAGUCUGCGGCAAAGCUUUGAGUUCCAGCACAGCCCUGACGCAGCACCAGCGGAUCCACACGGGAGAGAAGCCCUACACGUGUAAGGAGUGCGGAAAGGCUUUCCGGAGGAGCGCAGCCUUCCUUCAGCAUCAGAGGCUGCACACCGGGGACAAACUCUAUAAAUGCACCAACUGCUGGAAAGCCUUUGGGUGUCGGUCCCUGUUUAUCGUCCAUCAGCGAAUUCACACCGGGGAGAAGCCUUUCCAGUGCGAGGAGUGCGGCAAGGCCUUCACACAGAAGGUGGCCUCCAUCCAGCACCAGAGAGUCCACACCGGGGAGAGACCCUACGAGUGCAGGGUGUGCGGGAAGGCCUUCAAGUGGUACGGCAGCUUUGUGCAGCAUCAGAAACUGCACCCCGUGGAGAAGAAGCCGGGCAGGGGCCGCGAGCCACCCCUGCUCCGUCCCCAGGGGCCACCUCCAGCCUUGUCUCCUGUCCUGCCCCAAGGUCCCUGCUCUGCACCAGCUCUGACUUCAUUGACACUGCCACAUACUGUGCUCAUUCCUACCUCAGGCCCUUUGUUCAUGCUGCUGCCCGCCUCUGGAAUGCCGCCGUCACCCGUCCACAUCGUGCGUGUCUUCCAAGGCCUUACGCCCACAGUGAAGCCCUCCCUGCUGAUUCUGACCCCUGCUGCUCACCCCUCAUGA